AUGAAAAGAGGGGGCUUGGUGUCCAGGGACUGGCCAGCGGGAGGACGCGCGCGGGCGGCCGGAGCCUCGGCGGCGGCGGCGCUGACACGGACCCCGACACCUCCCACCAUGGACAGCUUCGACCUGGCCCUGCUGCAGGAGUGGGACCUCGAGUCGCUGUGCGUCUACGAACCAGAUAGAAAUGUGUUACGGAGGAAAGAACGAGAAAGGAGAAACCAGGAGACCCAACAGGAUGAUGGCACAUUUAAUUCCAGUUAUUCCCUCUUCAGUGAGCCCUACAAGACCAACAAGGGGGACGAGCUCUCCAACCGGAUCCAGAACACGUUAGGCAGUUACGAUGAAAUGAAGGACUUCUUAACCGACAGGUCUAAUCAGAGUCAUCUCGUUGGCGUUCCCAAACCUGGGGUUCCGCAGGCCGCCGUGAACAAGAUCGAGGAACAUUUUGUUGCGGAUUCCAGAGCCCAGCCCCAGGCCUCCGCUGUCGGCAGCACCGCAUCUGCCACGCCAGCGGCUGUCCCCGCGCAGCAGAGCAAGAGGGGCUCCGUGGGCUGGCAGAAGGCUGGGCACCCGCCCCCCGACGGCCCACCGAGAGCGAGCAAGCGCGGACACAGGUUGAUCGAUCUCACCAGAUCCGCUCCGCCAAAGAACCCGAAUCAGAAGCCUAACCACUGUGUGUCCAGCCCCUCUUCCUCCCCCCCUUCUCCUUCUUCUUCCAACUCAGCACAACAGAGCUCUCUCAGGACCUUGCUUGGCGAUGGCGCUGGCAGGCAGCAGCCGCGGGCCAAACAGGUGUGCAAUGUGGAGGUGGGUCUUCAGACCCAGGAGAGACCCCCCGCCAUGGCAGCCACGCACGGCGGCAGUGGCCACUGUGUUCAGAACUUCCCUCCAUCCCUGGCCUCCAAGCCCAGCCUGGGCCAGCAGAAACCCACUGCGUACGUGCGGCCGAUGGAUGGCCAAGACCAGGCUCCCGAUGAGUCUCCGAAGCUGAAGUCGUCCGCGGAAACCAGCGUGCACUGCGCGUCCUACAGGGGCGUCCCGGCCGCCAAGCCAGAGUCCACCAGGGCCAAGGCCAAGCUUUCCAAGUUCAGCAUCCCCAAGCAGUCGGAGGAGAGUAGACCUGGAGAAACCAACAGCUGUGUGGAGGAGAUAAUCCGGGAGAUGACCUGGCUCCCACCACUUUCUGCUAUUCAGCCGCCUGGCAAGGUGGAACCGAGCAAAUUCUCAUUUCCCAAUAAGGACUCCCAGCUCAUUUCCUCUGGACACAACAAUCCAAAGAAAGGUGAUGCUGAGCCCGAGAGUCCAGACAAUGGCACCUCGAAUACAUCAAUGCUCGAAGAUGACCUCAAGCUAAGCAGUGAUGAAGAGGAGGGUGAACAGGCAGCCCAGGGAGCCGCGCUCCAUGCUCUGUCUGACAGCGCCGGGCUCCAGCAGGCCGGCCGCAGAGCCUCGGUGGCCUCCAGCAAGGGCAGCAGCAGCGGCAGCAGCAGCAGCGGCAGCAGCUCGUCCAGCGACUCGGAGAGCAGCUCGGGAUCCGACUCCGAGAGCGAGAGCAGCUCCAGCGAGAGCGAGGGCAGCAAGCCCGCCCACUACUCCAGCCCCGAGGCUGAGCCCGCGUCUUCUAACAAGUGGCAGCUGGAUAAAUGGCUGAACAAAGUGAACCCCCACAAGCCGCCCAUUCUGGUCCAGAAUGAGAGCCACGGCCUGGAGGGCGGCCAGUACUACGCCCCCGGGAAGGACCCGGCCCAGGACUGCGGGAAGCUCCCCGAGGGGUGCCAGGCCGGCCUGAGGGAGAAGGACGCCAAGAGCGCCUGCAAGGAAGAGCAGAGGCCGAGGACAGCCAACAAGGCCCCGGGGACCAAGGGGGUGAAGCAGAAGUCCCCGCCCGCGGCCGUGGCCGUGGCCGUGGCGGUGACCGCAGCCGCCCCGCCGCCGCCGGCCCCUGGGGCGCCCCCGGAGCCGCCCGCCCCCACGCGGAGGUCUGCGGGCAAGAAGCCCCCCAGGCGCACCGAGCGCGCCUCCGCCGGGGAGCCCGCCAGCUGCCAGCGGCCGGAGGAGCCCGCGGACGCACUGGGGGCGCCCGCAGCCAUCCCCCCCGUCCCUCCGGAGCCCCCCAAAGCCAGGCCCUGCGCCAGCAGCCGGACCGGCCACCGCAAGGAGCUGCGCGCCGCCGCCUCCUCCGUCCCCUGCGAGAAGCGCCGCACGCGGGGGCUGAGCAGGAUCGUCCCCAAGUCCAAGGAGUUCAUCGAGACAGAGUCCUCAUCGUCCUCCUCCUCCUCGGACUCGGACCUGGAGUCGGAGCAGGAGGAGUACCCUCUGGCCAAAGCGCAGGCCGCGGCCGCCGCCCCUGCCAGUGACCAGCGGCUCAAGGAGGCGGCCGGCGGCGGCGGGCCCCGCGCCCCCGUGGGCUCCAUCAACGCCAGGACCACCAGCGACAUCGCCAAGGAGCUGGAGGAGCAGUUCUACACGCUGGUCCCCUUCGGCCGCAACGAGCUCCUGUCCCCGCUGAAGGACAGUGACGAGGUCAGGUCUCUCUGGGUCAAAAUCGACCUGACGCUCCUGUCCAGGGUCCCAGAGCACCUGCCCCAGGAGCCCGGGGCCCUGGGCGCGCCCGCGGCCAAGGAGGCAGAGAGCGCACCUCCCAGCCACCCGGCUGACACCCCCGUAGAGAAGGCUUUGCCCAAAUCCAAGAGGAAACGCAAGUGUGACAACGAGGACGACUACCGGGAGGUCAAGAAGGCCCCAGGAGAGAAGGACAGCUCUUCCCGCCUGGCCACCUCUGCCGGCAACACUGUGUCCUCGAAUCCCUGCAACAUGAACGUCAGCAGCUUGGCAAUACCCAUCAAUAAGAAUGAAAAGCUGCUCCGGCCGCCCAUCUCACCCCUCUCCGACGCCUCCAAACACAAAUACUCCAGCGAGGACUUGUCCUCCGGCAGGGCCGGCAGCGGCCUGUUCCCUUCCACCGCCUCCAGCAAAAAGCUCAAGGCUGAGAACCAGCUGCCGGCUCACGCCGCAGACCUCACGAAAGCAGCUCACCACAACUCGGAAAACGUUCUCCACAAGCCACGGCCACAGACGGAGCCGUGGUCCCCGGGCUCCAGCGGCCACCGGGACUGCAAGAGGCAGAAACUCAUCUUCGACGACAUGCCGCGCAGUGCCGAUUAUUUUAUGCAGGAAGCUAAGCGGAUGAAGCAUAAAGCAGAUGCAAUGGUGGAAAAGUUUGGAAAGGCUUUGAACUACGCCGAAGCAGCCUUGUCAUUCAUUGAGUGUGGAAAUGCAAUGGAACAGGGCCCAAUGGAAUCCAAAUCUCCAUACACGAUGUAUUCAGAAACAGUGGAACUCAUCAGGUAUGCCAUGAGACUAAAGACCCACUCAGGCCCCAAUGCCACACCAGAGGAUAAACAGCUGGCUGCGUUAUGUUACCGAUGCCUGGCCCUCCUGUACUGGCGGAUGUUCCGGCUCAAAAGGGAUCAUGCUGUCAAGUACUCAAAAGCACUUAUCGACUAUUUCAAGAAUUCAUCGAAAGCUGCCCAAGCCCCGUCUCCAUGGGGGGCCGGUGGAAAGAGCACUGGAACCCCAUCGCCCAUGUCCCCCAACCCCUCCCCCACCAGCUCCGUGGGAUCUCAGGGGAGCCUCUCCAACACCAGCGCCCUGUCCCCUUCGACCAUCGUCAGCAUCCCACAGCGCAUCCACCAGAUGGCAGCCAAUCACGUCAGCAUCACCAACAGCAUUCUCCACAGCUACGACUACUGGGAGAUGGCAGACAACCUGGCCAAGGAAAACCGAGAAUUCUUCAACGACCUGGACCUGCUCAUGGGGCCGGUGACCCUGCACAGCAGCAUGGAGCACCUGGUGCAGUACUCCCAGCAGGGCCUGCACUGGCUGCGGACCAGCGCCCACCUGCCGUAG